AUGGACCUCAGACAGUCACUGGAAAUGCUCCGCAGGGAAGUCAUGGACACGUCGUCGGACGAGGAGUCCGAUGAGACGUCGCAACUCUUGGUUUCCGUGGCCUCCCUCAUCCACAAGCACAAUGGCAGGCAGAUGUUGGUGUAUUGGGGCUCGAUGAAGGGUCGCUUGGCCAACAUCAAGCGUAACCGAGUGGGUGUCCACAACCAGCUCUAUAAAUACUACUUCGACCUCACCGAUCCGGUCUACACGAAAGUCAUGUUUCGGCGCCUCUAUCGGAUAUCAAUGGACCUGUUCUUGACAAAUUUGCUGGGCAUCAGAGACUAUGACCCCUACUUCCAAUGCAGGCAUGAUGCCACUGGUAAGCUAGAUUUCACCUCUUACCAGAAGUGUUCCUCAACUAUUAGUAUGCUUUCCUAUGGAGUGUCUGGUGAUAUCUUUGACGAGUACCUUUGA